AUGGAGGCGUCCAGAGGAGUAGACCGGCUGAGUGAUCUGCCGGAGCCAAUUCUACUCCACAUCCUCUCUAUGUUGUCGGAUGCAAAACAAGUUGUGCGAACCAGCCUACUCUCUACAAGAUGGCGAUUUCUUUGGGUGUCUGUUACAUUAAAUCUCUCUUUCCGUUUCCCCUAUGGUGGAAAUCAAAAUGACACUGUUGCUUACAUGGCCUCCGUCCAUAGAGAGCUUUAUUAUUGGAAAUCUUGCAAGAAAAUCAAGAGCUUUGGUAUCGGGGGCCUUUGGUAUGAUGAUAUUUAUUCUAAAGAUGUUGAUUUAUGGAUACAUUUUGCUACUAAAGUUGCAAAUGUUGAAUUCUUUUCACUUUCAUUGAUUACUGCAAGUCAACAAAUUUAUAAGUUUCCGCAAUUUGGGUAUAAAAACUCGUCGUUAAAGCAAUUGAUUUUAAAUCAAUGUCAAUUGAACCCAUGUGCUAGUGUUAAUUGGAGUAAUUUGGGUUUUCUUUCAAUUGGGUCCAUGGAAUUGACGGAUGGUGCUAUGGAAAAGGUAUUAUCUGGUUGCCCUAAUUUGGAAUGCUUGGAAUUAAAAAAGGUUUGGGGCAUGCAACGUCUGGAAAUUAGAUCUGUGAACAUGACAAUAUUGAUAAUAGAAGAGUACUACGAUAAGAAUCAUGAUAUUUGGCUUGAAAUAAUAGCUCCGCAUGUUAAACAUUUGGAAAUCUUGGGAUUGUGUAGUCAGAUACGCAUCAUGCAGAGAAAUGUUUCUUCCCUUCAUUAUGUUGUCCUUCGUUUUCUUUUUGAUUUUAAGGUUGAGGAAAGCAACUUAGAGAAGGAGUUUUGCUGUUUGAAGGAACUUCUUCAUGGUGUUGCCCAUGUGGAGUGUCUUGAACUGAGUAGCUGGUGCAUCAAGUGCCUGUCCAUUCUGAAGUUGAAAGGGUGGCAGUCUCCAACAUCAAGCCGGAAUUUGUUGGACCUUCAAAUAAACGAAGGCGAAUUAGACUUCCCUGGAAUUUGCAGCUUGCUACAGAGCUCAUUGGAUCUUGAGACAUUGUUCAUUGAUUUGCAUGGGGAUUCAUCAAGUUCUCUAUGCAUCUUCUUGAUGCCUUCUAUGAUUAAACCAAUCACAGAGAAGGAGCUUCACAACAAUAUCUUCUUGCUUGUGGAGAUUUCUCCUUUUACUGUGUUUUCACAAGAACUAAAAAAGGAGAAAAAGGGCUCGCUGUUAAGGUACACAAACGAGGGUAAACAAAUCCAGAGGUUUGAGACACAUAACUUUAACGGCUCAUUUCCACAUCUGAAGACUGUUAAGAUUGCUAACCUUAGGGGACUACUAAGUGAAAAUAAGUUUUUGCUGCCACUGGUUAAAUAUUUGCUCAAACAUGCGAUCGUGCUAGAAAAGUUUGUCAUUGCUGUUUUAUUAUUUGGGAGUGAUGCGUUUCCAGAUCAUGCUGAAAUGACAGAGGAGUUACUAAGCCUUCCAAGAUCAUCUCCACACAUUUCAGUUGUCAUUUCUCAUCGAUAA